AUGUGGUCGCUCUUUGCCUACCUCUGCCUAGCCUGGUACGCCAUCAUCUGGUCCAUCUGCCUGCUGGGCCUCUCGCUCGCCCGAUCCUACUUCCGCCCUCCGAUCCCGCGCUCGCCGCUCGCACCCCAUCGCACCUCGGACCUCGUCACCAACGCCCUGUCCCGGCCCUCUUCCGAUGCUGUGCCACAGCAGAGGCCCCGCGACGAUGCAGGCGCCGCCGUCGUCGACUCCGACACCUCGUCGGUGCCGGGCGUCUCGAUCCUUCGCCCUCUCUCGGGGCUCGACUGCAACCUCGUGUCCAACUUGUCGUCGUCGUUCCAGCAGGACUACCCUGCCGACCGCUUCGAGGUGCUGCUGAGCAUCAAGGACACGCAGAGCAGCGAGGCGCAAAAGGUCUUUGGCGUCGCGCAGAUGGUCAUGGCGCGCUACCCGCGCAUACAGGCGCGCAUCGUCGUCGGCGACGAGGUGGCCGGCGUCAACCCCAAGAUCAACAACCUUGUCCGCCCCUACUCGCAGGCACGCCACGACAUCCUCUGGGUCGUCGACAGCCAGGUGUGGUCCCCGCCCGGCGCAAUGGCCCGCGCCGUCGACCACCUGAUCCGCGCCCACGACCAGCCCCGGCCCCUCCCCACCUGGCUCGGCAGGAAGCCGCACGGCUCCAGGGUCGGCCUCGUCCACCACGUGCCCCUCGCCGUGCUGCCCGGGACCAGCUGGGGCUCGCAGGUCGAGCGCGUCUUUCUGAGCACCACGCAUGCAAAGAUGUACCUCGCCAUCAACUCGCUCGCCAUCGACAGCUGCGUCAUGGGCAAGAGCAACAUGUAUCGCAGGUCGGACCUCGAGCGCGUCCCCGACAGCUUCUUUGAGGUCGGCACCGGCGGCAGCCGCGGCGAGUCGGGCGCCAUUGGCAGCGACGCAUUCACGCGGCACGAAGGCGACGCAACCGCCGAGGACGACGUCGACGUCGACGUCGACGCCGACACCGACAAGGACGCACGGCGGCGGCAGCAGCAGCAGCAGCCGCUCCUUGCCUCCUCAUUUUCGCGCUCAUCGCCGACGCCGCCGCUCCCCUCGUCUCAGGCCGGUGGCGCGGCCGCAUCGUCGUCGACAGCACCAGCGACCACCAGCACGACCACCGUCGCCACCACGCCGCAUCCGCCGUCGCCGCCGACGACGACAACUACAGUCCGCACGUCGUCGCGCGCCCUCGCCCGCUUCGGCAUCUACCUGGCCGAGGACAAUAUGCUCGCCCUCUCUCUGUGGCGGCCGCCGCUCAGCCUCUCGCAUGUCCUCGCGCGGGGCGACGUGGCCCACACGUCGGUCGGCGACAUCCGGACGCUGCGCGACUACGCCGAGCGCCGCAUGCGCUGGAUCCGCGUGCGCAAACACAUGGUCCUCGGCGCCACGCUCGCCGAGCCCUUGACCGAGAGCGUCGUCGCCGGCCUGCUUGGCCUCGUCGCCGUCCGCUGGUUCCUCGGCGCGACGUCGGCCACAUCAGCCGCCCUCUUCCUCGCCGCCCACUUUGCCGCGUGGGGCUAUGUCGACUGGCAGGUCAUGGUGGCCCUCCAGGGCGGCGAGCCCGUCCAGCCAGGCGAGGGCUGGACCCUGAUCAAGGCGUGGUGCAUCCGCGAGGCCAUGGCGCUGCCCAUCUGGGCCUGGGCCGUGUCGGGCAGUACCAGUGAGUGCACAGGAUCGAGGCAAGGAGUGGCGCGACGUGGCGCAGCUGCGAGCGGAGAUAUGCAGAUGGGCUGA